UCUUCCGUUUCUUCCUCUCUUCCAACUCCCAUCCCCAUCGACCGACGCCCAGCAUGCCCGAGGGAACCAUGAAAGCGCUGUACUACCACGAGCCUAGGAAGUUUGAGAUUAAGGAGGUGCCGAUUCCAAAGUGCAACGACGACGACGUGUUGCUGAAAGUUACCUACUGUGGUGUAUGCGGUACCGACGCACACAUUCACGACGGCGAGUUCAUCGCCAAGUUCCCCCUCAUUCCCGGCCACGAAGCCGUUGGGAAAGUUGUCGAAAAGGGGAAGAACGUCAAAGAGUUCGACAUCGGCGACCGAGUAGUUGCGGACGUCGGUAUCUCGUGCGAUAACUGCUUCUACUGCCGCCGCGGCCAGCCGGUCCUGUGCGAGGACUUCCACGCGCGGGGCGUCACACAGGACGGCGGCUUCGCCGAGUACAUCGUCUAUCACCAGAAGAAAUGCUACAAGAUCCACAACAUGACCGACGAGGAGGCGACGCUAAUGGAGCCCGCGGCGUGCGCGAUCCACGGGCUGGACAAGCUGCAGCCUCCCGUCGGCAUCGAGGUGCUUCUGCUCGGUGCGGGACCGACCGGGCUCAUGCUCUCACAGCUGCUCAAGCUCAACGGCGCGUCGAAAGUGGUCAUCGCCGCGAACAAGGGGAUCAAGAUGGACAUUGCGAAGGGCCUGGACGCUGCAGACGAGUACGUCGAGCUCGACAGGCAGAAUCCGGGCCCGCAGUGGGAGAAGCUGAAGAAGGACUACCCGUAUGGGUUCGAUGUCGUGGUGGAGGCGACGGGCGUGGAAAAGAUUGCGCAGGACGCGAUUAAUUAUGUCAGGCGGGGUGGGACGCUGAUGAUCUACGGCGUGUACGAGAACGCGGCGCAAGUGCACUGGCCGCCGAGCAAGAUCUUCGGUGACGAGAUCAGGAUUAUUGGCUCGUUCUCGCAGGCGUACUGCUUCCCCCGGGCGGUCGCGUACCUCGACAGCGGGAAGAUCAAGACAAAGGGAAUGGUGACGGACAUCUUCAAGCUGGAGGACUACCACGGCGCGCUGGACAAGAUGAGCAGCCGCGGGGCACUCAAGAUCGCGAUCAAGCCUUGAGUCCAGCAUUCCAUACCCAUUCCUUUCACCCAUUCCUUUCACCUCGUCGAAUUCAAAAUGAAAUGUAUGUAUACCAGGACAGUCGGCAGUACAAGUUGGGAUGUACGCUCUGUAUGUAGAACGAAUACGAAUGGAUAACCAUC